AUGGUCAAUCCCACUUCUGGGCCAUCUCUGGUUUCUGCGUUGCUCAAGUCAAGCCGCUUCGUCCAGAAGGUCCAAGCAGACUUGCUCGAAGCGCGACAGGGGCUCAAAGCAUUGCAAGAGGAGCAAGAGGCUUGGCAAGAAAGCUCGAGGCAGUUGGCGUUGGAUGAGAAGAGCGAAAAAUCAGAGGACUCUACGCGCUGGGUGGACCUUGGCGCGGGCCUGAGCAUCGAGGUGCACAAGUAGGUUCAACAGAGAUCGAGGGCAGCGCGUUUCAACUACUGACCUAUAUCAUUGCCGUACUCGCAGCGAUCUCGAGCUGCGCUUCCUGCCAGUGGUGCAAAGUGGCUUGCCAUACGCUGACCUGCUCAUCGAAAUGGAUCACGCGAAAGCCGUCGAAUUUUGCAACAAGAAAGCCGCGGCACUGGGCAAGUCAGUGUGCCAUGCGUUGAACCUUGAUGUUAGGGAUGAAGCUGACAUAGACAUACAUCAUCGGUACAGGCAGGCCGAGCGAUCAGAAGCGAAGGUGGCCCAAAUAGAGGCACACCUGUAUCUUGUGAGUGUGCCUACUCGUGAUUGCGCGGCUUUGUCUGGGGCAUCGGCUCACGCAUCUCUGUCCACAGGCCACUCAAUCUGCCGCUCAACUCGAAGCGAUUCGCAGUGGUCAAGAAACGAGCUUGCUGGAUGGUCUGCAAGUCCCGAAUGGGCCGAAUGACACGCCAUCGCUUUAG